GCAGCAGCAGCAGCAACACAAUGGGUGGCAGCAGCAGCGUCAGCAGCAGUGGUAUUGGCAGCACUUUUAUUGGCAGCAAGAGCGACAAAAUCAAUGGCAGCAGCAGCAGCAGCAGCUGCAGGAGCAGCAACACCACCAGGGACACCAGCAAUACCAGGAACACCAGAUGCAGGAUCAGGGACAGUGGCGUAGGCAGUGCAUCCAGAGAUCGAGGUCGAGAUGGAACCACCACCCACCGCCGUAUACAAAUAACCAAACUUCAGAUGCUAUAAUGACGUUCGAUGCGUUCCCGCACGGGCAGAAAGAUUUAAUAAUGCGAUGCAGGCAAGAAGAAGCCACCGCCAGCGCCAACUGGAAGCCGCCAGCGCAGUACAAGACCCUAGCAGAGACACUCGCAAGUAUGGAAGAACCUUUCAGUGAACCGACAGAGGAAAUUCUGAAUCUGAGCAGACAAAAUUUUCCACCGUUGCCAAAACCGCAGAAUCGUUGAUAGAUAUAACAGACCGAAUUCUAU